CCAGACAUGGCUGAGGUCAAUCGCCAGUGGCGGACGCGCCAGGAUGGCCUCGAAAAGAUCUUCCAGACAUCUUGUUCAGUGCCCGUACCAGGCGAUGGCGAGGUGCUCGUCCGCAUCAAGGCCGUCUCACUAAACUAUCGCGACACAGAAGUGGCCAUGGGUCUUUACAAUCACCACAAGACUCUCGACGGCGGCUCCAACAAUUCUCUUGUGCUGUGCUCCGAUAUGUGCGGUGAAGUCACGGCCACCGGGCCCGGCAUUUCGUCCUGGAAGACCGGAGACCGCGUCAUGGGUACCUUUUGCCAGGCACACCUGACAGGCCAGAUCAGAGAACACCAUAUGGCCUCCGGCCUGGGCCUGCCACAGGACGGCGUGCUCCAGGACUACCGUGUCUUCCCCGAGACAGGCCUGAUUGGGACGCCCGAUUAUCUCACUGAUGAGGAGGCUGCCUGUCUUCCUGUGGCUGGCGUGACGGCUUGGAUGGCAAUCAAUGGCAUGCGACCUCUGGGCCAGGCUGGCGGGGAGGGUGAAGUCGUGUUGGUUCAGGGCACUGGCGGUGUCAGUAUCAGUGGCAUGCAAAUUGCCAAGGCCAGCGGAGCCACGACCAUCGUCACCUCGUCCUCAGACGAAAAGCUCGCGCGAGCCAAAGACCUGGGCGCAGACCACCUCAUCAACUACCAAGCCAGCCCAGACUGGGACGAACAAGUCAUGCGCCUCACAGCCGGCCGAGGCGCAGACAUCAUCUUCGAGGUCGGAGGCGCCCGCACCCUGCGCAAGUCCUUCGACUGCGUCACCUUUGGCGGCGUCAUCAACAGCAUCGGCUACGUGAGCGGGAAACAGGACGACCCGGCCGGCGAUCUCACCAAUCUCAACGUGCUCGCCCUCAGGAGGACCGUGACGCUGAGGGGCAUCAUCAACGGGCCGCGGGACCGGUUUGAGGAGAUGUGUGGGUUUUACGCCCGGCACCAGAUCAGGCCUGUUGUCGAUCGCGUCUUUGUGUUUGACCAGGCUGUGGAGGCCCUCAAGUUCCUGUAUGAUGGGUCGCACUUCGGGAAGGUAGUUGUGAGGGUUGCUGAGUAGGAGGAUCUGUAUUGGAAGGUGUUGUUUGGGGGAGGGAAGAGGCUCAUGGCCAAAAAUGAUGUGGAUUUUCUGCGCGUCGAAGACUGUCGACAGCUGCCAAGUGCUCACAGAGCUUAAAAAUCUCAUGGGAGAAGCUGAUUCAUAUAACUGAGGGACAUCAAAACCUUGAUUAUAUGGAAAGUCAAAGCCCAGCUGCUCUGAACACCCCUC